UCAUAAACUUAACUUUUACUUUUAUAAAAGGGUAAAAAGGAUGUUGCCCAGAUUUUCAAUAAUAUCUUACGAAGACAGAUAGGGACCCGAUCUCCCACUGUGGAGUAUAUUUGUACAAAGCCAGAGAUUCUUUUUACUUUGAUGAGAGGAUACGAGAAGCAGGAGAUUGCUUUGAACUGUGGUACCAUGUUACGCGAAUGCGCUCGUUACGAGGCACUGGCCAAAAUCAUGCUUUAUUCUGAUGAUUUUUAUAAUUUUUUUAAAUAUGUUGAAGUUUCGACAUUCGAUAUCGCUUCUGAUGCCUUUUCGACUUUCAAAGAACUUCUGACUCGUCAUAAAAUACUCUGUGCAGAAUUUUUAGAAAAUAAUUAUGAUAAAGUAUUUAGUCAUUAUCAGCAAUUGUUGAAUUCAGAAAACUAUGUUACUAGAAGACAGUCAUUAAAGUUACUGGGAGAAUUACUUUUGGAUCGUCACAAUUUUACCAUCAUGACUCGUUACAUCAGUAAUCCAGAAAAUCUGAAGUUGAUGAUGAAUAUGUUAAAAGAAAAAAGUAGAAAUAUACAGUUUGAAGCAUUUCAUGUAUUUAAGGUGUUCGUUGCAAAUCCAAAUAAACCAAAACCUAUUCUGGAUAUUCUGCUCCGCAACAAAGAGAAGUUAGUGGAUUUUCUUACUAAAUUUCACACUGACCGAUCCGACGAUGAGCAGUUUAAUGACGAAAAGGCUUAUUUGAUUAAACAAAUCAAAGAAUUAAAACCCCAUGAAGAGCACUAGCAUUUGUUUCCCCCUGGGUUCUAUUAAUAUAAAAAGGAGGUGUAAAACACAGACAUUAUAUAUAGAGAUGUCCUAUGGGCUACCCAAUCAAACUGCAAUUUGGUCCCAAAAUGGUGCAAAAUAAUGCCAAAGUAAAUUAGGUGAUGCCUCACUAAGCUUUUUUCCCCCUUCGAGCUCGAAUCACCUAUACAUAGUUGGCACAUAUGCCAAUGCACGCCGUGCAUUUCUCGGUUCUGCUGACUUGUGUUUGACAAUUCAGACCGACUAGAAUUAAGCACUUAAAAUUGUAAUAAUAAAAUUUCUGUCAUAAAUAUCAAUGAGGUAACAUAACAGAAGGUAAAAUGCUCAAAAUUGUAAAAUAUUACUGUAAAAAGGCAUUAAUGGCGGCAUUGCAUCUUCAAAGUCUGCUAUAUUCUGGCAAGAAUCUUGAAAAUGAACUCCACCUGUAAAAUGUUAAAAUAUUAUAGCUUAAAAUAAUAAACUAGUUUUUCUAAUAUAAUUAUUUUUGUUGUCUAAUAUUUCUAAGAAAAGAGAGAGUAUAUAUAAAUUAUAUAUAUAUAUAAAACUAAAACAACCUUGAAGACUUUCCUUCAAAAUAGUUAUUUUUCCCUUUAAUUUGAUUAUUAAAAUAUUGGUGCACAAUUCUAGUUUACUGAAUUAUUAUUUAACUUUAGAAAAUAGCAAGAGAUUACUAAACAGUGUUUUGUAAAAAAACAAAAAAAUAAAGCACAUCUUUUGUGAUAUAGAGUGGCUUUUAGAUUAUGAAAUCUGGCAGUUGAUUGUGUCUGGAAGCAUAUUUUUGUUAUCUUAACCAAGCAUUUAACAGAAUACAUCAAUGGGGAAAAUAGUAAAACUAGUUAGUUGUUUGUCUGGAAAUUUUUUCUUUUGCUUUUAAUAGUUAAUAUUUACGUUUCGGAAAUUAUAUAAAAUAUGCUUGUUCGGUUUUGUAUACAUGUUUUUUUAUACUUUUCCCACUAAAACUCUUGCCUAUUGUUUUUUGUUAGUAUUUUGGUACAUAUCUGUAUAUUGCACUUUUAUUUCAAUCUAGAAUUGUUUUAGUAAUGUUCUAAAUGUUAGUAUUUUUGUAUCGUGCACGAUAAAAUGUUAUCUUACCAUAAAAACGUAAUAGAUAAUACAAUAAAAUGUAACCCGAUCCGGAAGUCUAACCAUUAUUAUAGAUUCAGUGACUUGUAAAAUAAAUAAAUAUAAAUAAAAUAUAUAUAUAUAUAAAUAUACUAUAUAUAUACACAUAUUACAUAUAUAUACAUACAACUUCUUUCAAAUUAUGUGGUCAUCUGUGAAUUUCUUAGAUAGUUGCAUAUCAAACAUUGUUGAAGUACUUAGACCUUAAUGGUAAUGCAAUGUUCAAUUAACAGUCACCAUAUUGUUGGUGUCAUUCUUUUUAUAUUGUGUCAUUUUAUUAAGUCUUAUUAAAAAUGCCAUUUCUGGAUGUGUUUUAAUGUUUCUCUACAAAAUUUUUUAACAUGGAUAAUUUUGAAAGUUAUCUGUGGACAUCAACAGUUUGGUCAUACCAUAUGAAUGUUAUUUAAUAUUCUUCUGUAAAAUGUUAUCAACAUUCUAUUUUUUAUUUCAUUCAACACAAAUUACUAGUAUUUUAAAGUAUAAAUCAAUAGUACUUAAAGUGUUAUUUAUGGAAAGGUGUUGUUUAAGAAUAUUUGAACUUUUGUGCAAAAAUUGUAUAACUUGACAAGUGAUGAUAUUUUGUGGCACAAUCUGCCAUAUAUAUGUGUGAAUUGUGUCAACUUUGUGAAAGAUUUUAAAAAUUGUUGUUGUUUUAUUAGAAUAUCAAAUGUUGUAUUUGAAGUCUGUAUUAAAUUUAAAUGGUUAAUAAUUUUAAAAAUUGAUAAUUUAGAUAUUAUGAGAUAUUAUAGAGCAAAUUCAUUUAAUAAAAGAUAAUUUCAGUAUUACAAAUAUAUUUAGAAAAUUAUUUUAUUUAACUGUUGUCAUUCCUGUAGCUGUUUUGAUCAUUAUUUUGUUAAAAUUUUACCUUUUCUUAUUAUAUAUGUUCAUUAAUAAUCAGUAUCAUGAUGAAAUGUGUAUUCAACAGAUGUGCCACUAUUAGUGCCAAAGUUUGAUGAUAAUCUUUAAAUCUAAAAUUGUGUGAAUAUGCAUUACUUGGAAUUUCCUUGUAAAUCUUGUUGUAUAAGAAAGUUAGUAUAGUGAAUUAUUGUGUAUAUUUGUUACAUAUUCACAGAAAAAAGAAAGAAAAAAAAGCAAUUUAGAGAUGGUUUUGAAACAGUUGUGCUGAUUAGUCUGUCUUGUUAACAUGCUCAUUUAUUCUUAAAUAUAAAAAUAAUAAUAAUAAUAUGUCUUGUUUUUAUAUUAAUUGAAUAGUAAUCUUUGUUUUCCAGUAUUCCUAAGAUGUUACCAUUCCGAAAUUGAAGUUGUUAAAGUUUAGAAAUAAAUGGGUAGUUUUCUGAAAUAUUUUCUAAUGUGAUUCUUACUAAAUUGUUUCUAACCAUGUCAUGUUUUCCCUUCCCUAUUACUUCAUUGUGAUAGCAAAAAUUACAAAUAAAUUUUAAAGUCGUAUUUAAUAUCACUUCAAGUGAUUUUAGUAGAAUAAAAAUUUUCAUUGAUUGUUAAAUUAAUUGUAUUAAUAAUUGUAUUGAUGAUUGUGUUAUGUAUUAUUAUGGGGUUUAAACCAAGUUUAUGCAUAGAUCUUGCUGAGAUUACACUAAUGUGUUUUAUAAGCAAUCCUGCCGCAUCAUUGUUGUGAACAAUUUGCCUCCAUCUUACAUUAUUGAUUAUCAUCAAAAAUUUUUUUACUUAAAAAAAUGUGCAAAGCAUAUUACAUAAACAAGAUAAAAUGCAUUAAUUAGUAAAUGUAGAAUAUAAGUUACAAUAUACCUGCUGUAAAAUGUGACAGAAAUAAGAUUUUAAUAUAGAAAAAUUAUCGUUGCUUAUUUAAUGUAUUUUUGAGUGUUUUUAUAGUGAAUUUGUUAUGAAAGUACAGAAAUCUUCCAUUAAAAAUGAAAAUUAGUCCAUAAUUUGUAAAAAUGAAAGCCUUUUUUUGUUGUAUAUAUAUCAAUGUUUCUCAACCCUUAUAUAUUUGGGCUGGUAAAUUUAUUCAAAAAAAUACAUUGAAAAUAAUGUAACAGAUGGCAAAAUAUACUAUAUUUAUUUAUACUAUAUAUGUAUAUAAAUGACAUGUAUAAAAGUUUAAAUACUUACUUGUUUUGUGAAUUAAAAGAAUAAGUAAAUUCAUUAACCUCAAAUUCACUGUGGAAAAUAGUCAAACAAACUUUUUAAACUAAUAUAGAAAUUUUAAAAAACCUGUUAAAACAUCUUAAAAAUCUAUUAUUAUUCUGAUUUCCUUACUUUGUUUUAUUUUACUUAUUAUAUAUCAGAAAACCAAGCCCAACUCAGCCCAGUGGUUGAGAAAUAUUAUCUAUUAUAAAGAUCUCGAACAUAGUCAUAUUUUAACAAUCAUUUAUAUUUAAAAGCAGUCUGUUGAAAUGGCUACUACUAUUUCCUGUAUGUAUAUACUGUCUUGCCAAAAGUUGUAUAUAUUUGUCAUGUCGUUUUAGGGUUAUAUUGUUGAUGUUUUUCAUUACAAGGUUUGUUGUUAAUUAGAAUCCAUGUUGUCAUGUCUGUGGACUUUAGAAAGGCUGAUUUAUUAAUCAAGAAAAUUGUUAUUGUGCAUGUAUUUUUGAUUCUUAUUAUACAUGUACUAGGCCAUAAUCAAGGUAGUGUGUGCAGUUUUUUCUUCAUUGUGUUUUUAAACGGAAUAUGGUUCAAUAAAGGCUGUUAAUGUUA